AACAUCUCAGCAAUAAACAUGUUAAUAUUUUGAGACAAUAAUUUUUUACAAACACAUUAUUCCCUAAGUUUUCUUCUUUUCUCUGCUACUUACUCUAGAGGAGCUGAACCCGUUGACCAAAGAAGGUCUACAAAUGGUCUAUUGAAUAAUGGUAUGAAAAAAAUAAUGUAAAACUAAAAACAUAAAACGUCUUUGACUCACGCUUUGCUAUACAUACUGAAGUGGCUCAUUAAGUGAUAAAUGUGAAAAAUUUGUGUGGAGGUAUAUUAGAUGGAAGUUAGAUGGAAUAUCCGCCAGACAUAAAUAGUUUUACAAUGAAAAAUUCUAAAGCCAUUCUAAAAUGUCGGAAUUAAAAACAGUAUUAAAUUCAAGAGUAUUUAUAUUCACAACUUUCCUUGUAGUGAUAUGGGUAAGUGGGACAUCUGAGGAUUAUGGAUCAGGCUACGGUGAUGAAUGGUUGUACUAUUUCGAUGAUAAUGGCGUCCGUCACAUCAUGAAUUUUUCAACGAUACCUAAAUCUACGCACGGCAUGAGCUUCGGUGAAAUAUACUUUCAUUUAUAUACUAGGGAAACUAUUGACAAAGCCGAAUUGAUAACUUUACCAAAAAAUGAUGAUUCUAUAAAGAGUUUUUAUUUUAAUAAGUCCAACGAUAUCAAGCUUCUCACCCACGGCUGGCUCUCGUCGGACCGAGUACACUGGUUGCAACAAAUGAAAGAUUCAUUCCUGCGAGAGCAUAAUUUGAACGUAAUUACGGUCGACUGGAAUGAAAUAUCUCGAAACACAUUUUACCCAUGGCCAGCUCUCAGCACGCGAUACGUUGGGAAAAAAAUAGCAAAAUUUAUCGAAGCCAUGCAGACGUCAUAUCGUAUAGGAACUAAAGAAUGGCACCUUAUAGGUCACAGUUUAGGAGCACAUGUCAUGGGUUACGCGGGCAUGUUUUCUAAUGGAUCCUUAUCAAGGAUAACAGGUUUAGAUCCUGCGAGACCAUUAUUUGAGCUCCCUCAAAUGCCGGACAUAUAUUGUUUAAAUAAGGAGGAUGCUGAAUUUGUUGAUAUCAUACAUACGGCCGGUGGAACCUAUGGUUAUGCCGCAAGCCACGGUCAUGCUGAUUUCUUUCCUAACAAAGGAACACCGAAUCAACCGGGAUGCCAAACUUCAGGUACUUGUAGCCAUGGCAGAGCGUGUGAAUAUUUCGAUGAAUCUAUUUCAUAUACAGCUGAAAAAGGUUUCAUCGCUUAUUUAUGUAAGAGCUGGGAAGAAUUUUCAAAUGGAAAUUGUAAAAACGAAUUUUCUAGUAUGGGAUAUCCAGCAUCAAGCAACAGCAGAGGAAACUAUUAUCUUAGAACAAAAAAUGAAUCAAAAUACGCAGAAAUAGAUGAUUAAGUGUAGGAUUAUUGAAAUAAAAUACGUUCAUUUCA